AUGCUUACUAGUAUUAUGGGGCAACAUCGAUUCUUCACUGGCUAUCUUACUCUUUUGUGCUUUUUUAUUGACGUUACUAUAUCAGGUAAGAAGUUCAGUUUCUUUCCUUAACAUGAUUAACAGUUAAAAUUCAAUUGCUCUGUAAUUAGCAGCUAUGAUGUCUGGAGGUAUUUACAUUUCAUGUUUGCCGAAAUAAACAUUUAAUAUCAUUUUGAAAGCAACAUAAUAGUUGCAAGUCCCUCCUUGGCCACCUUGGCAUCUUGUAUCAACUUCACCAAGUCACUGAUCAGCUAUAAGUCGCUAAAACUGUCACAUCAACCGAUGACUUCGAUUGGAGGUCGACGACUAUCCACGAAAUUGUUAAUCAUUACUGUUUAACGUUUUUUUGAUGAAUACGAAUUUAUUAUCUCCCAUAAACUUUCUCGGUAAGUUGUCGCUGUCUGCCUAAACGAACAUUCGUGCUGCUUUGCUCCAUUUCAAUUCUCCACUUAACACUUUUCUAGAAGAAAGUGAUUUAGAGUACAAAGUAAUGCCAAAGAAAAUUGGUUACUAAGAAUACUGUCGAAGUUUUCGUGGAUCAGUGGUUUUGUUGCUUGUCUAGUGUUUCUUUCUUUCUUUAUUUUUAUUUCAUUGUGCCAAGCAGCUGAAUCGCGGUUUGAGUUUCCUUGACAGGCAAUUUAAAAUCUAAAUCAGUACAAUGUGCAGUGUAGUAACAAGAUAACCUUCCAUCAACUUAGCAACUCAAACUUGCUGGGUUGUUAAAAGAGGCACUUCUCAAUAGAAUAAUUCAGUGACUCUCCAGAGCCAAUUUAAAGAGAGGAGUACUCAACUGGUAUGAUCUCGCUAAAGUUUUUUAAAAAUUACUUCUGCCUGGUCUGCAGUCAAGAAAUCCUAAUAGGACAUUCCAUCAAGAGUCAAUACCGCUAUUUGGAUCGACGUAUUUCUAUAAGAUUCUAAAAUAAGCCUGUAAGUUAUCACACCACGGUAUUAAUCUUUGAAGCUAAGGGAAAAUAUUUAUUUCAGAUGCGAUAUUUAUCUGGACAUCGCCUCCUCCGGCUUGGAAUCAAACCAACCCAGGAACAGCUGAUAUUGAAACAGCUGUAAUCCAGGCAGUCAAUGGAAGUAAAAAUGCCACUGUAAGAUGGAAAUACACUCUAUUGCAUAAUCAGAACAUCGCUUUCACUUUCUUUGCAAUUGGUGAUGGCAUAAGCCAACCAGAUGACAUUGGAUUUGUGCUAAACGGAAGCUCAUCAAUCAAUGACAGGAAUGACUACCUAGCACGGUUUAGUAUUGGUAGUACGAGCAAAUAUUCUAAGCUGAUAAUAAGAAUAGUGACAAAGAGAGAGAACGCUACAUUCCAAUGCAGAGUGCAGGUGGGAUCAGAUACGUGGGCUUACAAUGUACGGAUUGAAGUAAACGGUAAGUUCAAGGAUUAAGUGGCAUUUCUAUAAUAGCCUUAGAUAACUUCGCUAAAUAGGUUUCUCUCCGUCAUCUUAAAUUGCUCUUUAAGUUGCUUAAGUUAUCGUUAUUGUGCUUUGCAGAAAAGCAGAGUUAACUCUUAUAUAUUCAAGCUUCGUGUAACAAAGACUAAGUGAUUAUUACUUAACAAAAUAGGGCCCUCCAAUUCGAAUCACUCGUAAUGGGCCACUAUCGAUAUACUAAAAUUCACAAAGAAAAUGACUAAACAUGCUUAUUCGUUUUCUUUUAUGGUGUUCUCUAAAACUCGCUAUCAUGCUGAAUUUUAAUAUAUCGAAAACGGCCUAUUUAUUGAAUAGCGCUUUAAAAAACAUUUCGGUCAUGUUUUCACUGAAGUGCUUCUACAAAUGAGACACCGGAUAAUCUGUAGAACGAAGCUUUACAAGUUACGGUUUUUUCACGUUGCAAAUACUCCACCAAUUUGGUAAAUAGUUUAAGAUAACUUAGAGGUUUUCUCUUUCACGUGCCUUUAAAUUUUUAAUUGUGUUGCCUUCGUUAUCAAUACAUCAUAACUUUCUCUCUUGUUUCGGUUCCACUAACAGUUCCUGCAAGUAUCACUCACAUCUCUGGUAACCAGACUGUAACCCUGAAUGACACAAUUAAUUUAAAAUGUUCAGCUGAAGGUCACCCAGCACCAAGCGUCCGCUGGAUAAGAGCCACUGAUACCAGUUCAGUCACCUUUCCAUUGACUAUAACUGGCAUAAAAGAAGAAGGACUUUAUCGAUGCAUUGCUGACAAUGGUUUUGGCAAUCCAGCAAAUGGUGAUGUUUUCAUCACUGUUCAGAGUAAGCUCAACUAGUGAUAUCAAAGCAUUAUGUUUAUUAACAGACGCUAACUGAGUCCUUUUUUUACAAAAGUUAAAAAAAGGAAUCAUAAUUUAAGGAUUUCAUACAAUUAAAAUGUCUCCUGCAAAAGCUAAAGGAAGGGGCCCGGGGUGGGACGUUUUUGUAUAGAACUCUUCACUUGUCAGUAUCAGUCUAUGAUUGUAAACUUCAUUGAGUCAUAAUGGUGCAAAAGGGCAUUUACUGGGAAGUGAAUUAUAAUAGCGGUUCAUGUUCUUACAAAACUGAAAAGUGGCUGUUACACUCUGAUAUAGCGUUUUGCAGAUACAUAAGUAGGUGGAAUAUGAUCAUCCGAGUGAGUGGAGCCUUGACUAAUUUUUGAUGGCAACUGAUGUUGUACAAGUUGUUUUUAACGGUCCUUCUGGUUCUCAUGGGAAUUGACUCCAUUUUCAAAUGGCGAUUAAAGCGACGGAACUUCAAUUUUAAUAGAGCGAAGAAAGUGUAUUUUCCUCAGGAUUUGUCAGAUUUCGGACAAUUUGCAUUUGAAUCGUUUGCACUGUGCAACCAUGUGAAAUAAUUCGGUCUUUGUUAAAAUAAUUUUGUCAUUAAGACCACAUGAUUAUUUUUGUGAUAUCUUGCAUGUCAGUUAAGCCAAAGGUAAUUUUCUCCCGUGAGAUGUUUUGGUAGUUUCCUUUUCCUCUUUUGAUUAUAUUAUAAAACAAAUGGCAAACGGUUUAUCUUGUACUAUUGAGUUAAGUUGCACUUGGGUGCAUUGCUAAGCACUCAAGUAGCUAGAGUCGCUUCUUUCGUGCUUAGCAACCUCCCGCGUGCAACUAUAACUCAUUCUAACUGAGAUAAUACGCGCGCUUUGAUUGCCCGGGAGGCAUGUUUGCAUGAGAGUAUGCAAACAUCGUUGUGACGUCAACAUGUUUUGCUUUUCGCGCGCUAUUCUCACAAGCACGAAUUCGAAUUUGACUCGACAAUUAUACUUUAUUUACCUAUUCCCUCGUAGGCUGAAACUUGUAAAAUCUUUACAAAACAUGCUAUGUCAAUUGUUUUUCGCUUAAGCUGACAUUUUCAGCGAGAAAUAUCCGUAUUUUGGGAAGCCUCUGUUUUACAAAACAAGAACUGAUUACGCGUGCAAAACUUCGCGACUGGGGAAAAUUUCUCUUUUAAUCAGUGCCAUAACAAAGAGUUUUUCGUUUUUUUCACGGGAGAGUUAAUUUAUAAAAGCAAUAGAAAAUUUUUUCCUGUAUUUGCAUAGCCUGAUAUAAACACGAGAGGGGUUGGGAGAAUUUUAGACAGUUAUGCAAAACCCGAGACGCAUAACUGUCUCGAAUUCUCCCAGCCCCUCUCGUGUUAUAUCAGGCUAUGCAAACACGGGAAACGUUUUCUAUUGCUUAAACAGUACACGUUGUGCAGUUUGCCAUUUGUUAAUUGGUUAAUCUAAAAGCAUUGGUGGAAUAAACAACUGCAUGAAAAAAAUAGAGAUGUUCCCAAUGUUGUUUUUUUCAGAUUACACUCCGACGAACACAAAUUUUACAACCAAUUUGAAAGGAGCUGCAGUUACUUUAGGUAAAUACUUUAACCUUACCUGCAGUGCCGUGGCAAAUCCUCUCGCAAAAUUCCGGUUCUAUAGAGGGCAAGAAAUUUUAUUUAACACAACAACUGGAGAUGUUGUUGCAGUGUACACAAUAUCACUAAAUGAAAGAGUCAAUCAGGUGGAUUUCAGCUGUAUUCCCUACAAUGAUUUUGGUGAAGGGCCUGCAAGAUUUAUUACUGUAACAGUGUUUUGUAAGUAUAUGAUUUGGUUAUUUGCACUUAUCGUUGUUCUUGAUACCUCCUGUUACAACAAUGAAACUUGAUCAUACAGUCAUACUUCUUCUUAUAGAGCAUUUCAGCUUGUCGUUACGGGUAUGCCGUCUACAGCAACGCGGAACUUUCACGUGUAUCAGGAGAAUGGUUCACUUUUUUGAAUGUUGGUCUGAUAAGCAUAAAUUAUGUUUCUUUUCUGUCUUACUAUUGUGUUCUUUGUAGCGCUUGUCACGAGAUGCAAAUUGAAAAAAAGUUUUAUAAAGAUGUCAUGUUCAACCUGUGAUGGGUAUAAUACAUUCCGACUCCCACUCUCUCGGGGAUGAUGUGCGGUGAGCCAUGUCAAAAGGAAUACUUGGACAGUCACUUCUGCGUAUAGGUGGAGAGACUAUGUACUAUUUACAUGACAGCCUUGACUAAAAGUUUAACGUGUUUUGUGCUUAUUUAGAUUUGCCAUCUGCCCCUGUUCUUGCAACUACUCCUAGCAACACUACAGUACUUCGUGGAAACCCACUGUCAAUUAUUUGCCAUACUGAUGCCAACCCUGCUGCCCACGUGUAUCAGUUCUAUGUUAAUGACAUCCUCAUUGAAAACAGAAGUAACGGCGUUUUGAAUAUUACUGUCAACAUGGAUGGAAGGUAUACUUGUCUUCCCAUCAAUUCAUUGGGUCCGGGACACAAUACCACUGUCAACGUCACCGUAGUUGGUAAGUAUAGAUUUAAAUAGACUCCAUGUUACUACGCGUCUGCUUAUUGUAAUAGAUCACAGGCGACGUCAAAAUUGGGUAAGAACAAAAAAGAAGAUGCACACAAGCCGAAGGCAAGUGUGUCAUUGGUAUUCUCACCACACUUUGACGUCUCUUUGUUAUUUACUACUUUGAAGAUGCGCGACAACAUAGAAUCUAUUAGUUUUAUACGAUGAAGGAAAGUCUGGAGGGUCUAAAAUACAACAUUGGUUUUAGGUGGAGGAAGUUUUGGUUCACACGGGGAGGGGAUAGGCAUGUCCACUGUUCAAGAAGGGGCCUUUUAUGAGAAGUGUCUCAACACUUUUGUUCCUUCUUGUAGUUAGUCCCAAAAUUUACACGCCAAAAUCACUCGGUUCCUUGUGCGCAAUAAAAAAAACCAUGGUGUCUGUUGGGAUUGAGUUUUUUUUUGCGAAAGACUUCACGGACAGAAAUAGCAUGUGUAAUUUCAAAGAGUGAAAACCACUCGGUUAUUGUUGAAAAUAACUCAGGCUGGAAAAGAAGUGAUGUUAUAAAGUAUAGAUUUCUUCGAAAUGUACUUUAGAGAAUUGUUCAGAAAAUGACGAUGGUUCAAAAAUCCGUUGUCUUGGUGAAACAUAGAGAUGCCCUUUGAAUUAGAGCUCACACUAACGCUGGCAAGUAGUAAAUAUUAAAACUUCGUAGAGCGUUACAGUCAGAGUUAUGAUAAAGGCUACGAGUCCGGGAAAAAGAUACCACUGUCAACGUCUCCGUAGUUGGUAAGUAAGUAAUAAAAUGAUGCAUUAUGAUUUCUUUUCGUCACAGUUUUUCAGCAUCACUACAUGUACUCUUCUUUUUAAUGAACAAAUCUCUUGCAGAAAGCCCUUCAGUAAAAAUAACUGAGACAGGUGCAGAUUUUGUUGUGGAAAGGAACAACCUCUCGUUAGUUUGUAAUUCAUCUGGAAAACCUAAGCCAUCCAUCACGUGGACCAAAGUUGGCAGUUCCGAGGUCCUAUCAACAACGUCAGUACUCACGGUGGUGAAUGUAAGCAGACCAGGAACACCUGAUAAUGUGAUCCAAUAUCAGUGCUCAGGAAGCAAUGGAGUGGGAACUCCCGCUAUGGCUGUUGCAAAUAUUACUGUACUUUGUAAGUAUGUGCCAUUAGCUCUUUUAAUAUCAUUAUUUAUUUUUUCACUAAGUCAUUGAAAAAAAUUAUUUUUUCCUUUUAAAACAAGUCCGUUGACUAAAGGGAUAACUCGGAUGUUCUGGCUUGAUUUAGAUUUGCCAUCUGCUCCAAUUCUUACGACUAUUCCAAGCAACGCCAAAGUGCUCCGUGGUAAAAUACUGUCAAUAAUAUGCCGUGCAGAUGCCAACCCUGCUGCCCACGAGUAUCAGUACUAUGUCAAUGACAUCCUAAUUGGUAACAGCAGUAACGGCCUUUUGAAUAUUACUGUCGAUGUAGAUGGAAGUUACACUUGUCUUCCUAUCAAUUCACUGGGCUCGGGACACAAUACCACUGUCAACGUCACCGUAGUUGGUAAGUCAGCAAUAAAAUGAUGCAUAUGGUUUCUUUUUCCAGCAAGAAUUCGAGAACUCCUCUAUUGAAUGGACAAUUUUUUUCGCAGAAACCGCGUCAAUAGAAAUCAAGACAACAACAGAUUUUGUUGUGGAAAGGAACAACAUCUCAUUAUUUUGUAAUUCGUCUGGCAAACCUAAGCCAAGCAUAACGUGGACCAGAGUUGGCAGUUCCGAGGUACUAUCAAAAACAUCAAUACUCACGGUGGUGAAUGUAAGCAGACCAGGAACACCUGAUAAUGUGAUCCAGUAUCAGUGCUCAGGAGAUAAUGGAGUGGGAAUUCCCACUAUGGCUGUUGCAAACAUUACUGUGCUUUGUAAGUAUGUGCUGUUUGUACCUGUAUUAUCAUUUAUAUUAGAUAGCUGGUAGUUAAUCCGAUAUAGUCAGAAUUGUUAACUUCAAGAGCCAUAAUGGGACAGAGACGGAAACGCCUAGUCUAGCCCUUAAGAUAUGUGAAUUUCACCAAAGUUAUUUUUAGACCAAUUAAACGCUCGAAUUAAUCGGAAAUUGGUUUCCCAAGAGGUCCGCAAACUUUUAUUCAGCGCUGUCAAGAAUUAAUGGCGUCCCGCGUGGAGGUGCUCUUCAGCCACGAAAGUGAUUUUGUAAGCAAAGGAAUUGGUUUAGCUGGUUAGCUUGAGAGAUUGUUCAGAUUGGGAACUAAAUUUUACGAUUUCUUGGGGUUGACUGAUUUGCUAGAUGAUAUAUCAAUUUAUUAGGAGGAACUGAAGUCCGCGGACAGUGAUCCUAAUCACGAAAAUUUAAAUUUUUGGUACUGGAACCUCGGCAGGAAGAAAAAACAACAGCAAAAGGCAAACAGAGGAUAGGGAACAACUGUCGCACAAAACAAUCAAAGCAGCCAUACGUCAAUUCUAGUGAGGCGACGUCGACGCCCAAUUCGAACAAAAACGCUAAAAUGCAAGCAAAUCACAGCAGAAAUCAAAACACGAAAGCGGAAGAGGUGCUAUUAAAGGGACUACAAAGUGAACUUCGUCCCAUGAGAUAGAACUUUGUAUCAGAACAGCUCAAGACUAACAAUAGGUCAUGACACAUUUGGAAACCAAUUGAAAGCUAAUGGCUAAUCGAAGAAAUACUCGACGCUCAGAACAUUGUAUCUGGAACUUGUUUCUUCAGUUGCAGAGGACGCAAACAAAACCCAUCAAGUUCAUUUGACAUUCGAGGUUGCGGGCUUAGCGUGUCAAAACAUUGCAGGAAACCACCACAUUCUCAGACAAAACAAAAUCGCUUUUAGUUAUAUUCAGAUCCAGGAGUCACUUUGGAGAAAAUUAAAAAACCUAAAACCCUUUAGCCGCAACAAAAAGCGUUAAGUUGGCAUGUGAAACAAUUGUAUGUUUAAUUGCAGAUAAAGUCUGCGGAAAUGAUUUGAGGUGAUGACUUAGUUUGUGCCUUGAUAAUUUGACACUCCUAGAAUAAACAUUUUUUUUUUCAAUCUUGUUCUGUGUUUUUGUUUCAACUACAAACGGUUCAGUGUGCAAUGUUAUUUCUGUGACACGCUAACAAGUGUGGAUUAACUAACCAGCUGUAUAACUAAUAAGUUAGAGGACUAAAAGCUUGUCCAGUUUGGAAAUAGUUGGAUUCGAAAAAUUCAUCUGAAAGCUAAAUUGGAGUUGGCCUACGGCCUUGUCUAAUUUUGACCGUCCUCGGAAUAUCUUUUAUCCAAUUAUUUCCAAAUUGGACAGCAUGUAGUCCUGUUACAUAUACUAAUACAUUAAUCUGUAACACUUUAUUGAGAAGAAAAUGAAGGUCUCUUUACUUUACUAAGAAAAGCUUAUUAAGGAAAAUGUAGCUAAAUAAAACAUUUGGUAUAUUUUGAAACAGGCAAUCGUUCAUUCUGAAAUAUAUUUAUAUAUUAUAUACGUUUUACGUCCUGUCGCUGAUUCUAUAAAGAUAUACGAAUGUGUGUAAUGCACUUGUACACUAAUGAUGUUUUAAUUGAACAGACAAUGGUUUCUAUUUUUGUCAUGUGUCAAUCAUUAGCUGAUGACAACAACACCUAUAACCAGUGAUCAAUUAACUGUUUCUGAUUUUUUGAAUUCAUUUAUUUAUUUUAUUAUUAUUUUUUACAAAUAAUGCAUCAAACAAGAUACAAAAUUCUUUACGCAGAAUGCAAGCACCAAGAGGUGGGUUGAGAAACGUGGCACAGCACACUUUUCCUACCGACUUCAAGUUUUGAAAAAAAUUUAAGUCAAACCUCACAAAAAUUCUUUAUUAAUUGAUGUCCUAUAAUAGAACCUCCUUAAUUCAAGGUGGAGAUGUUUUUGUGUUUUUCUCUAUCGAUCAUGAAUGAGUUUAAAAGCUACAAUGUUAUAUUACUUUAUAAAAGUUUGCAUAAUAAUAAACAAAAAUGCUACAUACGUUAUAUCUAUCCAUCAAAGGACUGGAAAACAUAUUAAGAAAGAACAAACACAAAUUAAAAUAGAUCGCAUUAAAAGGUUUGUAGCCAUUUCAGAAAAGCAUGACCGCUAAGUUUGUUGACUUAAUGUGAUGAUUUCACGUGACGGGGACCUCAAGUCAUACAUGUACAUGUAAUUCUAAAUAGCCGCUAUUCUGGAUCUGUUAUCUUGGAUUUAAGUUAGUACAACUUGACAAAAUCAGUAAAGGAAUCACUUUUUUUUACUUUGGCAACCAGUUAUACCGGAACAUCGAGUUGUUUUUCGUUUCAGCAGCAAUGUCACCCAAAUAAUCAUGCAUCUGCUGCUCCAUGUCUCUUGUUACCAUGGUUUAGUAGGUUGUGCUACUAAACUGACAUGAAUCAUUCAUUCAUCCACAACCGGCGACAAAAUUGUCGAGGCACUGUCCGUAAAUGCAGCAACUUCAAAGAAGAAAAGAAUCCACCCUCUCCCCCUUCCCCUCAAUUCAAAGUUGGGUUGUUGGAAAAACACUAGAAACGCCAUUAAUGGCAGCGUCUCAACUAGUUUUGAAGCCAAUUACAGCUACAUCAAUGGAUUAAAAGAUAUUGUACCGUUGUUACUGCAGAUCGUCCAUCUUCUUCAAAUCUUACAACCAUUCCAACGAACACCACAGUUUUGCGUGGCUCUAUUGUAUCCCUUCAGUGCAAUGCAGAUGCCAACCCGGAUGCCCACCUGUACCAAUUCUAUUAUAACGAUAAUAUUAUUGGUAACAGCAGCUCAAGCAUACUCAAUGUCACUACUGAGGCAGACGGAGUGUACACCUGUGUUCCUAUCAACAACGUUGGCACAGGACACAAUGCUACUGCUAGCAUCACUGCAGUUGGUAAAUGGCUUCAAUUUCGUACAAUACUGGAUUAGUUAACAUGUAGUAUUACCAACAGAGGUUGCGAUUACACAUAAAAGAACAUUUUAUUGAUAAUGUUUAAAUACCAUAAAAAGGAACCAAUAACAGCGAAAAAAAUUCAUCUGCCUUGUCUGAAAGAAAAAUAUCGAUUCACGGUUUAAGAAUCAUAGGGUUAACUGAAUUUCAGUUGUCGUUAUGUUUGCAGACAACUUUUGAGACUUUCAAUGCAAAACCCAUGGAAAAUUGGUGAUUGAUGUUUGAGUUUUGUGUUCUUCAUGGAUUGCAACUUUUUGGGGGAAAGUUAUAAUGUACUAAAUCACCUUAUUGUUCUUUCAGUUGCUCCUACUGUGACCGUUUACCCCAUUUCAACCACAGUUGUC